AUGAGCAGUUGGAAAGAAGCCAAUGAUGCGGAAGGGAGAGUUUAUUAUUACAACGCCGACUCUGGUGAAACUACAUGGGAUAAGCCGCGGGAACUGUUCACCCAACUAGAGCUAAAACUUGAAAAACAUGGAUGGAAAACAGGCAAAACAGACGAAGGUCAAGUGUACUAUUACAACCAGGAGACUGGCAAGUCUUGCUGGGAAAUACCAACAUUCGAAGAGCAUGGGGAGGAGGAAGAGGCGGAAAGGCCUCAUACGUCCGACGAACGAAGCACAACGCCUGCGCAGAGUAACAUCGAAUCAUACGUUAACAACUCCAUAAUACUGAACGCGCCUGUUAUGUCUCAAAAUGAAGCAGAGCACGUUUUCAUGGAAAUGCUCAAGGAACAUCAAAUCGACUCUACUUGGUCUUUCAACAAGAUUAUAUCCGAACUUGGCUGCAAAGAUCCCAGGUAUUGGUGCGUAGAUGACGAUCCUUUAUGGAAGAGCCAGGCGUUUGAGAAGUAUCUGAGCAACCGUUCUGAAGACCAGUUACUCAAGGAGCACUCCGCAGUUAAUAAGUUUAAAGCUGCUUUUACCGCUAUGCUCUCUCAAAACAAAGACAUUCGCUAUUAUACGCGAUGGACAACUGCAAAGCGACUAUUUGCUAAUGAGCCUAUCUACAAACAUUCGGUAGUGAGUGAAAGAACUAAGAGACAGGUAUUCCAAGACUAUGUUGACGAUCUUCGCCGUAAUCAGUCAGAAGAGCUUAAUAAAACGAAGCAGCAGGCUAAGACCGAACUACAAGACUACUUAGAGUCUAUAAUGCCAGACAAAAAAAGCUUACUUUCGUGGCAAGAACUCAGCACAAAGUAUUUAUUCGAAAACAGCACGAGAUUCACGUCUAACCGACAUUUUCAAGCCUUAUCCAAACACGACGUGCUAAUGCAAUACAUUACCAUAGUGGAGGCGUAUACAUCAAAAACCGAGGAGGAACUCAAAAAACUUAAAUCGGCAAAUUAUACAAAAGACAGGAUAGCUAGAGAUCACUUCAAGGAACUACUAGCCGAACAUAGCAAAUCCAUCCGCUGUAAUUCCAAGUGGGAAGACUUAUACUCUCUUUUUAAGUCAGACUCUCGAUUUCUUUCACUUCUCGGCAGAAAUGGAUCUUCGGCGCUGGAUUUAUUCAUGGAUUUGGUGGAAGAAAAGGCAAAUAUUAUGAAAGCUCAAAAGAGUAUAGCGAACCAAAUACUGAUUGAUACGAGCUUCCAAUGGAGCUCCGAUGCUGUUCAGGACAGAGAAAAGGUAAAUGAGAUUCUCAGUAAACACCAGCAGCUCAACUCUCUGGACACGAUAGAUCGUGGCAUUUUAGUUGACAAAAUGAUAGACGAUCAAAACCAGAAGCGUGCUCAGCAGGCCGAAAUGAUCCAGCGCCUAUUAGAGCAGCGUAAGAAAUAUUUCCUUUUACUGCUACAGCGUGUUUUCAGCAGUCCGAAUGCAAAGCCUGAAACCUGGGAAAAAGCCCGAGACGUUCUAAAAGGAUAUCCCGAAUACAUUGAUAUUAAAGAGGAAUCGGUAAAAGAACAGAUUUUUAAAGAGUUUGAGCCCGCAAAAGGCCAAAAUACGGCAGCAGCAGCAGCUACGGGUUCGUCAGCACUCGCAGCCCCCCAAAUAUCAAGGAAAAGGCAGAUGACGCCAGUAGAGCUCGAUUACUAA